GAUAUAAGCUGGAUAUCCGACAUGGCCGAACGGGUCUCUCUGUUAUACCCGGAACACAGCUACUCCUGUGUUGAUCAUGCUGCUGCAUCGGACCAAUCGAGCAAUAGUUUACGGCCGAAGGAGAACCCCAGACGCUUACUUGGGUUCUGUGAUGCGGACCCGCAGCUCGAAGCGAAUGUCGAGAUUAUUAAUGGAGAAUAUCUAGGAGAGUAUAAGAGUCUUCAUCAGUACUCAGUAGGGGGGUAAGUUGAUGUCUUCUGUACUCUGUCCCUUACCAAACUACUUGGAUGGCUCCAUUAUCUACACUCUUGCGUCUCAGAUAAAUCGGCACAAUCAACCCAAGACUUCCAGCAUCUCUACUACCUGUUCGGAACACCUACUGUACGAGCAUAACACACCAUAUACUUCAUAAUGUCUCUGUCCAAACUUCUGAAAGGCUUCUCCAUCUUUGCGUUAGUCGUCGGCACCGGAGAUGCCCUUGGUGGAACGAGUGUGCUUGAGAAGGCAAGCGGUGAUGCGUUCACCUCCACCAAUUCCUCCCUCAUAGCGCUCACCGACAGCCAACUUCGCUUCCUUGGAACUUACUGGGCAGGCUAUGGAGCAAUGUUAUGGUGGGCUAGUAACGACCUGACUACACGACGCGUGCCAUUGGCUAUAUUGGGAGCUACCCUGUUUGCUUCCGGCAUCGGGAGGUCGAUCUCUGCAAUGAUACAUGGAUUUCCUUCAGGUGUGAUCAUUGCAGCAACUGGAGUUGAACUAUUGAUGCCGCCUGCUAUUUGGCUGCUGGGACAGUGGUGACGUUCGAGACAUCACGACGAAAACAUCCUGAAAGAUGUGUGCUCCUCAUAAGACGGACAGGCGACAUGGCUUACUUGUGGCGGAGGUGUAAAUAUAUUACUUCAUAUUUCAAGGUUCGGUCUACCCAGCUUGUACCUGCCAGCCGGGUUCUAUGAACCAUGUCCAGUCCAUCAGUCCACUCAAAUCUAUUGCCACUUGAUUGUGGUGUACCGAAA